AUGAGAGGAGUGAAAAGGGCAGCAGCAAAGUCGUUAAACCGGAGGUGUAGGGCUUGCGAACGGAUUCUCGGGAGAGGGCGGAAGAGAAAGAGGAGGGAGGGAAGGACAUGAGACCAUCGGAGUCGAGGUUCCUGCAGGAACUGGUGCUGUACGCAGCGAGCGCUGCGCUGAGCUGCCUCGUCCUCUUCGCCGGGCUGCGCCAGCUCGACCCCAACCGCGCCGCAAGCAAGAAAGCCCUCGAAAACAAGAAGGAGAUCGCCAAGCGCCUGGGACGGCCCCUCGUUCAGACCAACCAGUACGAGGAUGUAAUAGCUUGCGAUGUUAUAAACCCUGAUCACAUUGAUGUUGAAUUUGAGUCUAUUGGGGGUUUGGAGCAUGUGAAGCAAGCUUUGUUUGAGCUAGUCAUUCUCCCCCUACGUAGACCUGAAUUGUUUUCACAUGGAAAGCUUCUUAGUCCUCAAAAAGGUGUCCUACUGUAUGGGCCACCAGGAACAGGAAAGACAAUGCUCGCAAAGGCCUUAGCGAAAGAGUCUGGGGCAGUUUUUAUUAAUGUGAGAAUCUCGAAUUUGAUGAGUAAAUGGUUUGGGGAUGCUCAAAAACUUGUGGCUGCUGUCUUUAGCCUUGCUUAUAAGCUACAACCUGCUAUCAUUUUUAUUGAUGAGGUGGAUAGUUUCUUGGGUCAGCGCCGGAAUACAGAUCAUGAAGCCAUGACUAACAUGAAAACUGAGUUCAUGUCUUUGUGGGAUGGUUUCACAACUGAUUUGAAUGCUCGUGUGAUGGUUCUUGCUGCUACAAAUCGCCCAUCAGAACUAGAUGAGGCAAUCCUCAGGCGCUUUACCCAGACCUUUGAAAUUGGCAUGCCUGACCGAAGUGAGAGAGCCAAGAUACUAAAGGUGAUCUUAAAGGGUGAAAAUGUGGAAGAAAACAUUGAUUAUGACUACAUAGCAACCUUAUGUGAAGGUUUUAGUGGUUCAGAUAUACUUGAGCUGUGCAAACAAGCAGCCUAUUUUCCUCUCAGGGAGCUGCUGAAUGACGAAAGGAAUGGAAAAGCAUCCAGUGGACCAAGACCAUUAAGACAGCCUGACUUGGAGAGAGCAUUAGUGACAUCUAGAAAGGUGAAGAAGGCCACUGGUAUGAGCAGAUUGGGUUCACAAUCACCUCCAUGGUCUAUGCAAGCAGAGCCAGAUGAUGAGGAGGUCCACAACGCUAUCUUGGAGAUCUCAAAGCUUAUGUCUCGAAUUGUUGGCAACCAAUCAGAAUCACAGGACUCCUAGGUCAUUUCCAGUAAAUUACAAGUUGUUCUUUUGUUUGCAAUUCAUUACCCGAUCACAUUGCUACUCUUUAGAUUCCCUCCCUAGUGGCGAACUCCUCUGGAUAAUGCUGUUGGUAUAUGCUGACUGAAAAAUCGGAACAAUUUUGUUUGCUGAACAUAAUUAUCAUAUUUUGAGGCAUUUGUGGGGUUGCCUUGUUGAUCUCAUCUCAGCAGCCACCUUUUUUGAUAAACAUGUUCAAUUGGCUUUGCCACAACAUUAUACGGUAUACUGAAAUACUAGUUUUAGGCUGUGUUGUUUCUUUUAGUUGAUUCCAUAAUGUUCAAUGGUGUAAACCAUUUUUUCUUA